AUGAGUAAUGUUGAGGAUGGAAUCGAGAAGUGUAUAAGGGUAGAGGAGAAGACAGAAUUGCCAGAAGUCACCAAAUCUUCAACAGUUUAUCAUUUUGAUGAAGAUGAUUUAAAGAAAGGAACGUGGGAAAAAAUUAGAAAAUGGAUCAUGGAAAAUCUCAUGCUUUUGACAACACUUGCUGCUGUUAUUAUUGGCGUUACCGCAGGUCUGAGCUUACGACAAUUUGACUUAUGCAAGGACACAAUAAUUAUUAUAUCGUACCCCGGGGAGCUUUUUAUGAGAAUUUUAAAGCUCAUGAUACUUCCUCUCGUAAUUGCAAGUUUAAUUACGGGAUCUGCAUCAAUUAAUGCAAAAAUGAAUGGAAAAAUUGCUCUUAGAACCUUUGUGUAUUUUGCAUCGACGUCAUUAUUUAAUGCUGUACUUGGAACAGCUCUCGCAAUGUUCAUCCAUCCUGGGAGUCCUGAUAUGCAUAGUGAUUUAGAUUUAGCAUCGAAUCCGAAUAGUGUUAAUUUAAUGGAUAGCAUGUUGGAUAUUGGAAGAAACAUUUUCACCGAUAACAUAUUCCAAGCAUCAUUUCAAUCAGCAUAUACAAGCUAUGUCCCAAAAAAACUUCCGUUUGAACUCAACGACACGGAUACUUUAAGUGAAACAUCAAAAAAGCUUAUUUUUGUAAAUGCAAACCCUGUUGCCGAGCUAAAAGAAGAACGAGAGAUGAUUCCUAUCGUACAAUAUCGAUCCGGUACAAACAUGCUGGGUAUUGUAUUCUUCUGUCUAGUUUUCGGUACUAUCUUGGGAACAAUCGGCGAGAAAGGUCAUGUUGUCAUCAACUUUUUUACGGCCGUCUUUGAAGUGAUUAUGAAAAUGGUCAUUCUAGUGUGCGUGUGGCUUAGUCCAAUUGGCAUCUCGUCCGUUAUUGCUGGUAAAAUUUUGAGCGUUGAAAAUCUCUCGCUUGUCAUCUCCCAACUGCUCCUAUUCAUCAUAACUGUCGCAGCUGGUGUUUUUCUGUACCAAUUUGUUGUACUUCAAGCUAUAUAUUUUUUAAUUGUCAGGAAAAAUCCUUUCAAGUUUUAUGGAGAACUCGUUCAACCGUUACUUUAUGCUUUUGCUUCUGCUUCCAAGACUGCAGCAUUGCCAUUAACAUUUCAAGUACUAGAACAAAAAGUGAAUAUCGAUAAACGGAUUACGAGAUUUAUUUUGCCGAUUGGUGUAUUGAAUAUGGAUGGAACGGCAUUGUAUGUAUCUGUAUCAGCGAUUUUUAUUGCACAAAUGAGUUCGAUGAGUCUGGGAUUAGCGGAGAUUAUCACGGUGAUUUUGACAUCAUUUGCAGCAUCUAUGUCUGUUGCUCCCGUUCCGUCAGCUGCACUCGUUUUACUCGUAAUGGUUUUAACAUCAAUAAAUGUGCCACUUCAGGACAUAACAUUACUUUUUGCAAUUGAUUGGUUUGUUGACCGGAUAAGGACAACGAAUAAUAUGUUGGGUGAUUGUUACACUUGUGCUGUGGUCGAGCAUUUGUCAAAGGCAGAAUUAAUGGCAUGCGAUGCGGUCAACAGCUUACCUAACCAUAAUUCAACAAAAUCAAGAAAUGAUUCAGUUCCAGAAUUAAUUGUGGUGAGUGUCGAAAGUAGUAAAAAAUAA